AUUCGCGCGGAUCGCUCGCCAGAUGGCGGCGCCGGCCGGCCGCUAUAUUGAUCAAGUUGGAUUUUGCGAGGCGCACGUUGAUAAGAUCUCGCGAAAUUUUUCGAUCGCACGCAGUCCUCCCGCGUGACGUGCGUGCCUGCUCAUUUGCGUGCGUCGUGCAUGCGUGCGUGCGUACGUGCGUGCGUGCGUGCGUGUCCCGUGUUUCUGUACGCGCCUGUGUGUGACGCCCGUCGCGAUAUCCGCUCGCGGCGUAGCGGAAUUCAGGUCCGCGCGCGCGUCUCCCCCGGCGGUCGCGGCGUCGUCAUCGCGUAAAUCCUCCUCCCUCGUCCAUGACGUCACUCGUGAAUUACACAAGCGUCAUCGCUCAGUCUGUUGUGGAAAAUUUCGCGGGGUCCAUGGUGGCAGCGGCAAGGUGCGUCGUCCCUUGAGCGAGACCGGCGAAUGCGGUGGAUCCUUCGUCGACGACGCUACAACAAAACGCAUCGCGAUCAGAAUUAAAGAUUAUAAAGCAUUUGUCCUGCAUCGCCACAAUGUCUAUGCAACAGUUCUGUUUGCGGUGGAACAAUCAUCAACCGAAUUUUAUUUCGGUUUUUUCCAAUUUGCUGAACAAUGAAACUUUAGUGGAUGUUACUCUCGCUGCCGAAGGCAGACAAAUUCAGGCUCACAAAGUCGUAUUAUCAGCAUGCAGUACAUAUUUUCAGUCACUGUUUACAGUGAAUCCUUGUCAGCAUCCUAUUGUUAUACUCAAAGAUAUCAAGUUUUCCGAUCUUAAAAUUAUGGUGGAUUUUAUGUAUUAUGGGGAGGUGAACAUAUCUCAAGAUCAAUUGCCAUCUAUUAUAAAGACGGCAGAAAGCUUAAAGAUUAAAGGACUUGCAGAAAUGCAUACAGCAUCAUUGACCAAAUGGCCAAGUGGAAGCAGUGAAACAGGCGGAGGAGAUCGUGGUGAAUCCUGUUCACCAAGUCCAUCUCCAUUGUCCCCUUCAUUUCGUAGGAAAAGAUUAAGGAAAUCUUCUACAGGCUCAACAUCUGGUUCUGGUGACAAACCAGAAGAAAUUAAUGAAAUCACAUUAGUGGCUACUAAUAUUGUCAAACCUGAACCUCUCAUUGUAUCGCAAGAAAGUGGAGAGAAUUUGAGGCGGCCAGUGAAUACUAGCACAGAAUCUCAAGGCAGUAUUGAUGAAGAUCAAAUAUCAAUUAUGAGUAAUAUGGAAACUAGUUCUGCUAAUACACCAGCCCAAAGUGAUGGUUCUAUUCAAGAUGUAAGUCAACAAUCAGCAGGAAAUAUUGGACAAAGUUCUGUUUCUUCGCAACCACCUGCCACCCAUCAAGUUCCUCAUAGCAAGCAGACGCAAGCAGGAGCGAAGAGGACUCGACCUCGACUGCUGAUGAGACAGCCGCGAGUGAAGAAGGAACCGAGUCACCUGUCGCCGGAUGGCGAAACGAGUCUUUCGCCGCACAUUGUCUCUACCUCCGUUCAUCUCGCCACACCGACGCUAAAUCUUCCCCGAACGUCGAGGAGUUUCGAGGAAUCGCGUAUAUCGCCACCACCGCACACCAUGCUGGUCAGCCAGUCGAAUCUGCUGGCGGUGACGACAUCGUCCAAUUUGUUAACGGUGCCCCAGCCGUCCUACCUCACGAAGCAGCACUCGCAUCCGCUGUUGUCUACCCAGCAACCAAGUACGUCUGGGACUUAUUGGAUGCACCGACAGCAUUCGCAUCCGGAGCUGCCGGGUAGGACCACAAGUCCUUCGAUAGUGAUCGAACCGGCGCCUGUUCUUAAAACAGAGGAAGAGUUCGGUGAGGAAACCUUGACUUCGGCUACCUCCGAUUUGGAAAUCGGUGGCGGCGGUGGCGGUACUUCUGGUGGACUGAGAGUGAAAACGACAGAAUUGCGACGGACUUCCUCAUCACCACAGACGAGCAGUAGCAGAGAGUUUCGUGAGAGCACGGGAGAUCAACGAUUAGGUCAUUGUCCAGUGUUGCGUCAGGGUCCUGCCUUAGGUUGCAAUCAUUGUUGGAAUACGAUAGAUGCCCAUGGCAGGAUACUUCGUAGGAAAACCAAGUAUCAUUGUCCCGAAUGCCAGACCAAUUUGUGUAUCGUGCCAUGCUUUCAGGAGUAUCACGAGCAGCAUCGGGAACUAAUUUCCAAACAAAAACUCUUACCAAAAACUAGCUCCGUUUAAUUCCCCUUUUACCUCCACUCAUUUAAUUUUACUUAUCGGAUUACGUGUUAAGCAUGCGCUUUAAAUGUGUGAAGGUUUAAUGCGAUGAUGACGGAGUAACAAACUCAUCGUUCAACGUGUGACAUUAUUUUUCUCUCGUACCACGAUGAAUGGUGAGUUAUUCAGAUUGAUAUCGUUUUUCAAGAUUUCAUGACUUGAUAUAUUUUCAUAAUAUAUUUACAGCAUCUAUAUAAUUGUUAAAGUAGAUAAAAUCAUUGCAGUUUGACAAUGUUACAAAUAUUUAUAACAGUGUGUAUUGAGUUUUCUUCAACAAGAGAGAUCUUGUUAUUCUUACAUAAUUUUUACGUAGUCUGAUUUACGAACGUUGUACGCUUUUAUCACAGACAAAGAUAUUACUUUGAAAUUAGUAUUAAAAAAAAUAAUUUUAAUAUGUAAUAUGGAAAAAUUAAUACAUCAUUUUUUUCACACAAUUUUCUAAAAUUGACAAGAAUAACGUAUUGAGAUUGGAUGUAAGACUACCUCUUACUUUGGAAAAUAUGUAAAUAAUUAAGCAUUAAUAUUGCAAGGCACAGCAUUUUAUUAUUUAUCAUUAUUAAUUAUAUUUUUUGUAUACUAAGAAAAUUUUAUAAAAAAUAAAUCAAUUUAAAUAAUACAAUAUCACAGAAAUAACAUUAGUCAACGAAUUUAAACUUUUUUUAUAUCAUGAAUGAAAAAA